GGGGGAGGGGGAGAGAGAGAGGAGGAGCCAAAGGAGGUGUCUGCUGCAAGUUCCUGGCUGCUUCCGAGCUCACCCCAUCCUCCGAGAGGGAGGAGGCCCAACUGGUGAUGCUGCUGCUGCUGCCGCCGCCGCCGCCUCUAUUGCUGAUACUUUAGCGGGGCUGGAAGGGUGGUUCCUAUUCGCACCAUCGCCAACCAGAGACAGAGGGGGAAAAAAAAAAAACCGGCAGCCGCUGCUGAUGUUGGGUUCGGAGGCUGCAUCCGACUCGGUCACAAGGAAAAUGGAUUCAGUUUGCAUCUCUCCCUCCUUUAAACAGCUUCUCCGGGUCUCAGCAUGACAGGAAAUGUGGGAACUGAUAUAGCCAAGCUGCAGACUAACAGAAGCCAUUAAUCCAGUGUCCGUCAUAAACCUCAUCUAUCUGGAGUCUAUGAAAGGGAAGUCUGGAUCCUUGAGAGUCUUCUACCUCGGAGGGCUUCCAGGGCAGCGGUUGAGGAGACCUUACCAAGGAGCACCACACAGUAGAUGCUGAGACAUCGUACUCCAGGAUAAGAGACAGUAACAUGGCAGCACCUGCUUGAAAGAAAUUAAAAACCAACAGACUCCAUUUAGAAAGGAACAAUGUCCAAAAAAGGGCGAAAUAAGGGCGAGAAGCCCGAGGCACUCAUUGUUGCCCUUCAAGCUGCCAAUGAAGACCUCAGGACCAAGCUCACAGACAUUCAGAUAGAGCUGCAUCAAGAGAAGUCCAAGGUAUCAAAGCUUGAAAGAGAGAAGACUCAAGAAGCGAAGAGGAUUCGUGAGCUGGAGCAGCGCAAGCACACGGUGCUGGUGACAGAACUCAAAACCAAGCUCCAUGAGGAGAAGAUGAAGGAGCUGCAGGCUGUGAGGGAGAACCUUAUCAAGCAGCACGAGCAGGAGAUGUCAAGGACGGUGAAGGUGCGUGAUGGAGAGAUCCAGAGGCUCAAGUCUGCUCUCUGUGCUCUCCGUGAUGGCAGCAGUGACAAAGUAAGGACAGCGCUCACCAUUGAGGCCCGGGAGGAGGCCCGGAAACUGUUUGAUGCAGAGCGUCUUAAGCUCUUACAGGAAAUUGCGGACCUGAAAACGGCCAAGAAGCAGGUGGACGAGGCUCUGAGCAAUAUGAUCCAAGCAGAUAAAAUCAAGGCUGGGGACCUUCGGAGUGAGCAUCAGUCCCACCAAGAAGCCAUCUCGAAGAUCAAGUGGGAGUCGGAACGGGAUAUUCGGAGGCUGAUGGAUGAAAUCAAAGCCAAGGACAGGAUCAUCUUUUCCCUGGAAAAGGAACUGGAGACCCAGACAGGCUAUGUACAGAAACUCCAACUUCAGAAGGAGGCUUUGGACGAACAACUGUUUCUGGUCAAGGAGGCUGAGUGCAACAUGAGCAGCCCAAAACGAGAAAUUCCAGGAAGGGCAGGUGAUGGUUCCGAACACUGCAGCAGUCCUGAUUUGCGAAGAAAUCAAAAGAGAAUAGCUGAAUUGAAUGCCACUAUAAGAAAGUUAGAAGACAGGAAUACCUUGCUUGGAGAUGAACGAAAUGAACUGUUAAAACGCGUGCGGGAAACCGAAAAGCAAUGUAAACCUCUCCUGGAAAGGAACAAGUGCCUCGCCAAGAGAAACGAUGAACUGAUGGUGUCCUUGCAGCGCAUGGAAGAAAAACUAAAAGCCGUUACCAAGGAAAAUUCAGAAAUGAGAGAAAAAAUAACAUCCCAUCCACCCCUGAAGAAAUUAAAAUCUCUGAACGACCUCGACCAAGCUAAUGAAGAACAAGAAACAGAGUUUCUAAAACUUCAGGUCAUUGAGCAACAGAACAUAAUUGAUGAGCUCACAAGGGACCGAGAAAAGCUCAUCCGUAGGAGAAAGCAUAGAAGAAGUUCCAAGCCAAUUAAGAGGCCUGUUUUAGACCCUUUUAUUGGCUAUGAUGAGGACUCUAUGGAUUCAGAGACAUCAUCCAUGGCCUCAUUUAGAACAGACAGAACACCAGCUACUCCUGAUGAUGACUUGGAUGAAAGUUUAGCAGCUGAAGAAUCUGAACUAAGAUUUCGACAAUUAACAAAAGAAUAUCAGGCCCUCCAAAGAGCAUAUGCCCUCCUACAGGAGCAGACGGGAGGCAUCAUUGACGCUGAACGAGAAGCCAAGGCUCAAGAACAGCUUCAAGCAGAGGUGCUAAGGUAUAAAGCAAAAAUUGAAGACCUGGAAGCGACACUGGCUCAGAAAGGGCAGGAUUCACACUGGGUAGAAGAUAAACAACUUUUCAUUAAGAGAAACCAGGAGCUUUUAGAAAAGAUAGAAAAACAGGAGGCAGAAAAUCACCGGUUACAACAGGAACUACAGGACGCCAGAGACCAGAAUGAGCUGCUGGAGUUUCGAAACCUAGAGCUAGAAGAGAGAGAGAGACGAUCCCCUCCAUUUAAUCUCCAAAUUCACCCAUUCUCAGAUGGUGUGAGUGCUCUGCAGAUCUACUGUAUGAAAGAAGGUGUUAAGGAUGUGAACAUCCCUGAUCUCAUAAAGCAGCUUGAUAUCUUGGGCGAUAAUGGGAAUUUAAGAAAUGAAGAACAAGUGGCCAUAAUUCAGGCCAGCACUGUGCUGUCCCUGGCAGAGAAGUGGAUCCAGCAGAUUGAAGGAGCAGAGGCUGCCCUACACCAGAAAAUGAUGGAAUUGGAAAGUGACAUGGAACAGUUCUGCAAAAUAAAAGGCUAUCUGGAGGAAGAACUAGACUACAGAAAACAAGCUCUUGACCAAGCAUAUAUGAGAAUCCAGGAACUAGAAGCUACUUUGUACAAUGCUCUACAGCAAGAAACUGUUAUCAAGUUUGGUGAAUUAUUAAGUGAAAAACAGCAAGAGGAGCUGAGGACGGCAGUAGAAAAGUUACGGCGGCAAAUGCUGAGGAAGAGCAGAGAGUAUGACUGUCAGAUUCUUCAGGAGAGAAUGGAGCUCUUACAGCAAGCCCAUCAGAGAAUUCGUGACUUAGAAGAUAAAACAGACAUCCAGAAAAGACAAAUAAAGGACUUAGAAGAAAAGUUUCUGUUUCUAUUCUUGUUCUUCUCUCUUGCCUUUAUUCUAUGGCCUUGAUGUCAAGGUGCCUCUUAAAGAGUAACCGAAAACAUGGAUAAGAUCCCAGAAAGACAAAUGCUUCUAAACCUUCAAAGAUGGCAAAAUUGUUUACACCAGUGAGAGGGAGAUCAAAAGCUAAGAACUACCCUGUAGCCAGGACUACAACUGUGUAUUUUAAAGCCAUUAUUCAAGGUUUCUUACUUGACAGUUCCUACACAACUCUGUUGAAAAUCUACAAUAUAUGCUGCAUUUAAUGAAACAUGUAAAUGUCAAAUCAGAAGAGAAGAACUAUAAACAUAUAUUGUGUAAAGAAAAAGUUCAGCAAUGGAACUAGUUUCGGCAGAUCAAGCAAAGAUGUGUCUUGGGCAUGGAACCAAAGUUACAAUGAAACAUUCAACCCCUGCUGUGCAGGGGGGUCAUUUUAAUGUAACACCACACCCCAUGGAAACACUAGUCCUGAUAAUAAACAUCAUUUUAAAAGAUCAAAACAAACAAACAAAAAAAAACAAGGGUGGGUGGGGAGUGAAGCACGAGGAAUACCUAUGAAGAGCUAUUUACAAUAAAAUGUUUCAUUUGAAAAGUCUGGUUUCUUACUACAGGGAUUUGCUUUUCUGUCUUUAUGAUUGUUUUAAACUCAGGAACAGAGACAUCCGCAUCGUGAAUGGGAAGAAAAACACUCUUGUUUUUUGUUUUUCUGCAAAAGGUGGAGCUUGUGGAAUUCAUUCCACAGACGACAGAUGAGAAGUGGAUCACAGUGACCAUAACAAAACUGGUAACCAAGUCAAAGGACCUGGGCGAAUGUAACAUGCGAAAUAAAAGCAGAUUCGAUGCUUCCUUGUCCUCCUCUCACAUCUGCAUCCCUCCAUCAACAACGGACUGAUCUCAUUCAUACUGAGAACUAAGAAGAUGAUACUGUAAAUCACAUGCUCCCUGACUUAGUUCUGUUUAGAACGCCAACAUCUAUAGGGAACAUGGGCCAGAGAGCAUCUCUGAAUCUUUCGUUUCCAAAAUACUGGUUUUCAAAUGGCUGCUUAAAAUUGCCUGCAAAUGAAUAUGCUAUAUAUGAUCUGGGCAAAAACACAACAGAAUCAAUGAGUACAUUUCUACCAAGAGUCGGGUUUGCCACAGAGAUGUGAAUAUUAAACUAAACUAUUAUUUUUUAAAGAAUCCUUCUAUGCCUAGAGCAUUCUGACCUCUUCUUGUUUAGAGUGAUAACAUUUUUUCCCAGACAGAUGACAGCAACAAGAUAGCUCUACUUUUUUAUAUAGAAAUAACAUUAUGUUACUGACAAGGUCAUUUUCUACCAGAGACAAUUAGAAGACUGGUACUUUUCCUAAGUUGUGUAUUACUGAGUCUUGGAUUCAUCUCUGAGAGCAAAUGUAUGUUCCUGAAAAACUAAUUUUACACCUCAUUUACUGUAGAUAACAGAACAACCUCAAUUUUUCAAAUUUUCCAAGUUUUAUUUAUGGGGCUAGAAUUCCCAUGCAUAGAGAAUAUGUGUAGGGAGCCAGAAACUCUUUCUAUGAAACGCUAUACAAAUCUUUCCAUAUGUGGGUUCAGUAUCAUCCUUCAGUUUUAGCACUGGCAUUUGCAAAGCCAGAACAAUAACUGAAGAAUGUACAAUAAAAAUUAGAAUGCUGGGGUCCCACUUUGUGUUCUUACAUUUACUGCUGACCCAGGUAUCUUUGGCCCAGUCACUUAACCUCUCUGUGCCUCAGUUUCCUCAUCUGCAAAAUGGGGUUAAAAUGCUUUUUCAUAAAGUUUUAUUUGCAAUUUUAGAACAAGAGGUGCUUAAAGUAGCACAAUGUGCUUUGUAAUUAUUACAAGUGCUGUAUUAUUUGACUUUCUUGUGUUGUUGACAAAAAGAUUCCCUCAUGUAAUAAAAUAGUGCUUCGGUUUGGUUAAAUUUAAGCACUAUAGCACUGAAGCUUGCUUAUCAAGCUACUUGGGACAUUAUUAGCAAUAAAAAUUGAGAGAUUCAAAACCAGGAUCUUUAAUAAUCUAUAGCAAACAGAUCAUCUCAUGCUAUUGAACAAGAUAGAAGAGUGUGUCAUUCAUAUGAUAAGUAUCUCCCAGCUCUCUUGAUUGCAUAUGCAUGCCAUCAUACAGAACUCUACUUUUAUCACAGGAGAGCCAAUCAUCAAAGACUUGGAGCAAACUGACAGUAUCACAUAAUUAGCUUGAUAAUCUUUUAUUCUGGAGGAAAGUCAGAUGACAUGUCCUACUGGGAAGAUACAAAACAGACCAUCCUACUGGAUUCUUUGUUGUUGUUGUUGUUGUUGUUUUGUUUUUUGAGAUGGAGUCUUGCUCUGUUGCCCAGGCUGGAGUGCAUUGGCACGAUCUCGGCUCACUGCAAGCUCCGCCUCCCAGGUUCAAGUAUUCUCCUGCCUCAACCUCCCUAGUAGCUGGAAUUACAGGUGCACACCACCACGCCUGGCUAAUUUUUGUAUUUUCAGUAAAGACGGGGUUUCACUAUGCUGGUCAGGCUGGUCUCGAACUCCUGACCUCAAGUGAUCUGCCUGCCUCAGCCUCCCAAAGUGCUAGGAUUACAGAUGUGAGCCACCAUGCCCGGCCUCCUGCUGGAUUCUUUAUUCAACUAGGUAGGUUCAAGAUUAAAUAUGAGCCAUAGGCUCAUUAGGCAAAAAAUGUGAAAGAGGAUGCCUCUACAAUGUUGGUGACCCAACCCUAGCAAACUUGAGUCAGAAAAUAUGGAAGAGGAUAAAUUACUCUCACAUAUCUAAGACUUUUCCAUUUUUCUUCAUUUUCUGUUCCAGGGCCCAUAUGAGUAAAUCUAUAUUCCAUCUGCUCCAACACACACCUUCCUUCUCUUAAUUUUGUUUUCCCACCCACCAAGAAAUUUGUAAGUCAAAAUUUAUUUCCAUGAACAAGCUAUUUCUAAAUGAUUGGAAAUAUUUGCAAAUGUGGUAUGGUUUAUAUGCCUAAUCGGCUUAUCUGCUGUAAAUCAUAUGAGAACAACAGCUAGGAUGAUUGUCCAAGCAGCUUUAGAUGUGUUUAGGGUCACGCAAAAGAAGGUUUGUUUUUUCUUUGCUUAAGAUCCAGGAGAUUAGCAAAUUUCUCUAGACUAUAGGCUGAACUGUAAGUUUUACCAAGUCUUGCUCAUGAGCCUCAAAAUUAAUAUAUCCUUGAAUAAGGUCUAAAUAUUUCAAUAGAUACAUCUCUCUAUUAUCCAUUUUCACAAUUAUAAAAGCAUCAGCAAAAUCGUGGAUGUAUGUUCCAAUCACUCAUGGGUCCAUGGAAAUGGACCAUGUUUAAAUGAAUACUUCCCUUGGAUAGGAUGUUCAGCAAUAGCAAAAAUAAAUAAUAAUAAAUAAAAAUAAAUAAAGUUAUCAAUUACAGUGAGAUUUCCUGUGGCUCCACUUCUGCAUCUGUACUACCUAGAUGCAUUUGGCUAAUGAGUUUGCAGCAAUCAGAACAGCGUUCUUCAGGGUUCAUUAACUUAAUUUUUCUUAAUAAAAUAUUCAUACCCUGGAAAAUAAACAUAACUGACUACGAAAGAUAAUUUGAGAUAAACAAAAGCCCCAAUUUAAAUAGUUAUUCAGGAUAGAAAAAUUUCAUGAAAGGGGAAAAACAUGGAGAGACUAUCUUCAACUAUCAUACUUAAAAAGCAUCUAUCACUAAAUUGAAUGUCAAACUUUUUGUUAAUGCCUCCCUACUUUUAGGAAAUAGAAUUUGCUGAAAAAAAGUGACAUCCCUUCUGACUUAUGCCAUAUAAAUUAAAUUAUUGCCAACAGUUAGGUUUUAGGGGUGGAAUCUUGCUUUAAUUUUUUUUUUUUUUUUUUUUUUUUGGCCCACAAAUAACUGCUCAUAAAGGUCAUGUGUGUCUUCCCAAGUCAAUAAGGUAGAGCUGAUAUAGAACGCCUGGGUUAUCACUUAGGUAGAGAGGAAACGUGUUCUCCACUAGUAAUAGGAGAAAUAAAGUUUGCCAAAUAUUUUUUGCUACAGUAUUUUAUUUCAACUUUGCUUUAAAUUUUAAACAAAUCUCUGGCAAACUUGUUCCUUUUUGUCCAUUGAUUGUCCAAUUUUCCUGUAAACCCAUUGUGUAAUUCUUAUGUUUGCUUUAACGUAAAACUAUUCACAAGUUCAUAGUUUUAAAAUUAAGCAUGUCUUUUUAACCUGCCUAGGUUUUUGUAGAAACUGUAAAAAGAAUAUUCAUUGGUUUUGUGUUGAUGUUUAAAUAAUUGGAUCGUCUGUGUUAUAUUACAUCAAGAUAGAUGGACAGCAUAGACAUUUCAUUUUUAAAAUAUUUAAUUGCAUUAUUUCAGUCUGUCAAAGGGUGGCACAGAAUACACAAACACACACAUACACACACACAUACACACAUACAGCAUAGAAAUUUGCUCUGUAGUUUGGGAGUUGCAUUGCUUGUUGCCUUUUGUGAAAUUUUCAUAACAGUGUUUUGGUAAUUUAAUGACAGCUUUUGGCAGUUUAAUUCUAUCACUUUACUAAUUUAGAUUUGUCUAUUAUGUUGAAAAAGUUCAAUAGGGCUUUUGAAUGAUAAGUAAUCAAAGCAAAUCUUAGAUGACUGUUUAUGUCAUAAGUUUAUGCUUCCACUAUGGACCCAAGCCCCUAUUUAAGCAGACUUCUAGAUCUUAAGUGAGGAAAGCUGUCAUUAUGUUCUACUGCCUUGUCAUUUCUAUAUAAUGUACUAUAUUGAGAGUUAAUUUCAGGCAUAUUGGCAAGAGGAUUCAGACAUAAUGGAAGGUUGGAGCUAAUCCCUGUAAGGCCUCUUUAAGUGCCAAAUUCUAUGAUUCCAUUUCAGAAUGGGGCAGGGCAGAUUCACAAUCCUUUGCUGUCUUUAGUUUGGUGGUUUAGUUCUUCCUAAAUAAAUCUGUUGCUGAGAGUCCAAGUCCAAUGUGUAAUCAAAAUUCCUAAAGAUAGCUCCUCAGAAGGCUAAGGUGGGAGGAUAGCUUGGGCACAGGAGUUUGAUAACAGCCUGGGCAACACGGUAAGACCUCAUCUCAAAAAAAAAAAAAAAAAAAGAGCAAGAGGAAGAAAAUUACUGAAGAUAUACUUAUAGGGCAAUGUAGCAAAAAUAGGAUUAUAAUUUGCUAUAUUCAAACUAAUGUGUCAGAGGUACACAUGGUUGAUUUGGUGAGGGUUCCUGUUUUUGUUUUGGUUUUUUCUGCAUUAAGGUCUUUGUACCCCUGCUUAUAUUUUCAUCCUUGUUAUAUGCAAAGUUCUGUAGGGUGAGAACAGUAAGGUUAAACAACUUUGAGCCCAAUUUUGCUUACAAUCAAGACCCCAUGAACUUACUAAAGAAUGGAUGAUGCAAUUUUCCAACCAAAAGCAGAUCCCCAGCAUCUGUUAGUAGCAACACUUCUAUUUGACUGACAUCUCACAGACUGUGCCUAUACCCCCCAUUAACCAUAGCAACUUCCCACAAUGAGGCAGAUCAAAAUCCAAACAUUUUUAUAAAUACGUGAUGUAAAUAUACGCACAAAUAUAUUCUGUACAUAGUACGAUGGUGUGAGCGCUUACUAAACGUGUACUUCUGUUCUAGGAUGCAAGACUUCAAGAAAGGUUUUUUCUGCUGCUGCUGCUGCUGCUGCUGGAAACUCAUGUUUUUGUUGAGCAUUUAGUGUCUGAACUCUUCCCGUCCUUGACUACCUCUUCUCUCCUUUACCCCACCUUCUCUUCACUACUAUUGUUUCUGACUGUUGACUGAGGCAGAGACUACUUGGUUUUUCAAUUAUCCAGGCCCAUAAACCAGCAAAUAGGUUUUUUUAUUUGUUUGUUUAGUUGGUUGAUUUUUUUUUUUUUUGAAAGAGCAACAGAAAGCUCACCACAAUCGACAGUAUUAAUAUUAACCAAAAGUCCUAUAUCUUUAUUGGCUAAAAAUUCCAUCUCAACAGGGUUCAUGCAUGUUUUAACCUUCAAGAUCCAAUACUUUGGGGACUCAAGUAUAGAGUUAAUGUGUUUGAAUACAUAAUUCCCCAGGUGUUUACUGUGUUAAUGUAGCCAAGGGUCCAAUUUCACAGAGCUUUCAUUCAAUCAACUGCCUCAAUUGGGGUUCUUUCUGUCCAUCUCAUUAACAUGACUCCAUACAUCACUUCAGUGCUUGUUUAUUAAUGAAAGAAAAAUUAAAAUUGACUGAGUUUCACCAGAAUGAUCCUCUGAAGUACACCGGAUAUGUACAUGUACUGUAUGUAUUACCGUAGAGAUUGGAAUCAACUUACUGUAUGUAAAGUUUUAUGAAUGGUUAUUUUAUAAUUUAUGUAUUUAAUAUAGGAAUCAAUGAACUCUGGUGUUUUAGUUUAUAUAAAAAUAAAACAAGCUGCAUUUUUUUAAAA